AUCGCCCCCGUUCACCAAGUGCACUAGAGCUGCUCUGUUCCCUGGCCUCCUCCCCCGCACGCCUCCUACUUCACUUGAACUCCCUGAACUUGCAUUCCCAACACAGAGAAAUCAUCAUACGGUCUUCAUUUCAAUCCAAUCCUUUCUCGCGUUGCGGAAUACUCAAAACUACCCUCCUAGUCCUGCCUUCUUCGUUCCCGGAUCGACCCCGAAUUCUAUCCGAGCAGGGAUAUCUCGUCCCUACUUCUAAUAGAACGUCCAGCAUCGAGUAUAUGUAUUGGAAGCCCCCCUCCUCCGCUGAUUUCGCCUUACCUGGUCCCUCACAUUCGUCUGCUGCCUCCAAUCCCCCCGUAACCUUUCCGAUAUCUGGUCCUUCUCCACCCACCUCCGCUGUAUCGCUACCCACGAAUCCAGGAGAAGAACCUUCCCCAUUCAUAUUGCGGUUCAGGAGACCAAGUCUCCUAGCUCCGGCACGUAUAGGCUCAGAAACCCGACAUAGUCCACUCACAUCUUCGUCCUUCACAUUCUCCCUCUCUCGCCGUUAUAGUACCACUAUCCGGGACCUCGAAACUGAAACGGAGAAUACUGAACAAAGCCAAAGUGAAAGCGAAAGCGAUAAGGACAAGAUGUGGACUGACAGUCCUCCUGAUGCUGAUUCUGGACCUGCGACACCUGCCUUGACUGAUCCGUCGACGAGUACGCUAAGUGUGGAUAGUGAUAGUAGUAUGAAGACGGGCACCAGUCGACCGCGAAGUCCCAGUACGCCUCCGUCUAGCAACAGACGUGCUUCCAAAGGUAGCAUGGACGGGGCUGGUGAUCCACCGCCGCUAGCGAAGUUGCGGAGACUAUCGCACCCGAUCAAAAUGCCUAGAAUCUUAACUCUCCUCGCUGAAUCUCGUCCAGAAGAAAAUGAAGUCAAAUCUGAAGCUCAAUUCCAGCGUCUUGUCGCAUCCGUUUCCGAUAUUGGCCUUCCCGGUCAACCUCGUACGCCCCGUGCAGCUUCAGACCGAGGUCGCUACCCCGAAGAAGUGGAUACCGAGGAACCUCACCGAGAGGAUACACCUAGUGAUGAGGAAGACGACGAGUACGAGAAACAUGCGGCUGCCAGUGAUACGGGAGCACCGUUUGCUUUUGCGGCGAGUGAACCGAUUAAUAUCGUUAAACCCAUCACACCGGCCCAGAGUGUGAAUGGAGAUGAUUUUGCGGAGAGUCCUGGGGGAGCAGCUAUGAUGGAUAUUGAUAUGCCGUCUUCAUCCUACGGAUCCCCCAACAUGAACUCUUGGCGAUACACUCCACCUCCCACAUCGAGCGCAGUUCGGAGUAAUAAACGAAAAUUCGACGACCGUUAUGACCCAUACCCGACAGCCAACAAACGUCGUGCCGUAUCGCCCUCCCUUACCUACCUGCGCGAAUCACAACCUUCACUCUUCAACCCCCGCACACCCAAUCAUGGCGCUUCCCGCGUUCCCCUGCCUUUACCCAUAUCCAUCCCAAACGGCCUAAACUCCGGUGCCUCCUCACCCAUCGUCUCUUCAUCUGCUAGCGGAUCUGGCUUGAGUAAUGGCCGACCACUGAGUUUGGGGUCGGCUAGUGCGAUGAGUAGUCCGACGUUGAGAGCUCAGAUUGGGCUUUCGAGUCCGAUUUUGAGGCCGAUGAUUAGGGCGAGGAGGGAAGGUGAGGGAAAGGAAGUCGAAGGUGCUGGGGAAGCUGUCGGUGGCCUCAGCUUGGAAUAGAGGCCUUUUGGUUUGCGCAUACAGUACAGUCGUCCAUUCGCAGUCUCGUUCUCCGUCCUCAAAAAGUUCACCGUCAGUUCUUUGCAUUUAUGUGCUAUCGGUUUCGCAUGUUUCUAUCCUCUUUUGCUUUUGCUGUUAUCUCGCAUGGUCUCUCAUCGAUUUUUUUGGCUUAUUUGGGUCGUCUUUUUUCUGUCGAUUGUUUCUCAGUCACUUGCAUUGUGUCAUAAUCCUCUCUGCUUGUACUUAACGUGUACAGUUUCUGGCGUCCAUUGUUUCAUAGUUCGCAUACUACAUAGUAACUCAGCUGUUAGAUAUCCCAUGUCCAUACAUAGCAUCGCAUGUGUACAGUGUCCACUGUCCAGUAUACUACAUUUCAGCAUACAUUUUCCGUC